AAAUAGCAAGACAGGGCCAGGAACAGCAAGCAGUCUGAAGGCCAGCUGGGUCUGCCCAUGAGGAUGAUGAAGCCUUUUCAUACUGCCCUCUCCUUCCUCAUUCUCACAGCUGCUCUUGGAAUUUGGACCCAGAUCACACAUGCAACAGAGACAAAAGAAGUCCCAAAGGCAGAGCAAGGACAUGAAGUUCACAUGUAUAACCUGGGCUUUCAAGACUCUUCAGACUGCUGCUUAUCCUAUAACUCACGGAUCCAGUGUUCAAAAUUUAAGUAUUAUUUUCCCACCAGUAGUGGGUGCAUCAAGCCAGGCAUCAUCUUUGUCAGCAAGAAGGGGAUCUGGGUCUGUGCCAACCCCAGUAAUCCAAGAGUUCAGAGGUGCAUUAAAAGACUGGAGCAAAACUAACAAUCACAGACCUACAAGCAAUAACAUUUCCUUGAAGAGAAGAAUGUGAACUUCUAACUACUUUCUUUGGUCUUCCCCAAUGACUACCUAAGAGUCUCUACGUGUUUAUUUUUAUAGGUAUAUAAACAUUUAUUUUCUGUUCCACUUUAAAGCAGUACAUCUGGCUUUGUCACAGAGGGGGAUCUUGUCUGUACCAACCCCAGAGAUCUAAAAACUCAAAGGUGGCUAGAAGAUCUGAAGCUAAUCUCAAUGACUACACAUAAUAUUUAAUUGAGAUAAAGGGGCAAUGGCUGGAGAUAUGGCACGAUGGUUAAGAGCGCCUGCUGCUCUUCCAGAGGACCUGGGUUCAAUUCCCACUUAGAUGGCAGCUCAAAUUAUCUGUAAUUCCAAUUCCAGGGAGAACUGAUGCCCUAUUCUGCCCUUUAACUAGUAGUAUUUACAGUAUUUUUUUUAAAUAAAUUCAGUUUGACAUGACCAUCUUGAGCUAUAACCAUCCUAAUUGCCUCAGAAAAAAAUGAGGUUUUCUACUUAGUUUCCCAGUAGAUUAUAAGUAGAUAAACUAUGAGAAUGGUCUCUGGGGCUUUGGAAUGUAUCUGGUUCUGAUAGUCGCUUAUGGCAAUCUGGAUACAUUCAACUUGGAUGAAAUCAAUUCUGCCUAAUCCCAGUAAUAUGCCUGUCUUUGUGAGAACCCAUCUGAUCUUCCCACCACCCCUCCAACAGUAAGCCACUAAUAAAGCACAUCCACGCAGCCACA